AUGACGACCGAAAUCCAGAAUUCCAACCCUACUAUCCUGAGCGAUGCCGACCUCCCUACACGGUUGCGUCCAACUGAAGCAGCUAAGUCUAGCGCUUAUGGCAGUGGACUUUUCGCGUCAACGCUGAGCUUCCCUGGUGACUCGGUUGAUCCGGCUAGCCAGUACUUGUCCGCGGAGUCGGAAAGUGAAGGCGAUGAUUUACUGGAAGAGCCAAUCGACGAACAAGAAAUCUAUGAUCUCAUCUCGACUAUCUCCGACCCGGAACAUCCGAUCUCAUUGGGAGCAUUGGCAGUUGUGUCUCUGCCCGAUAUUUCAAUCAAGCCGACUCUUUCCAAUGUACCGGACUCUCCUCUUCGAACGGUCACGGUGCUUAUCACACCAACAAUCACGCACUGCAGUUUGGCUACGGUAAUCGGCCUUGGUGUGCGUGUGCGCCUCGAACAAUCUCUCCCGUCCCGGUUCCGGAUGGAUGUGCGAAUCAAGGAAGGCACACACAGCACCGCCGAUGAAGUCAACAAACAACUAGCCGAUAAGGAGAGAGUCGCCGCUGCGUUAGAGAACGGAACUUUGAUGGGUGUUAUCGCGAAGAUGCUGGAAACUUGCCAAUAA